AUGACAAAUUUAUCAAAAUCAGUAAUAGUAUCAAUGAAUUCAUAUACAGAGACAUUGGUUAAAUUGUUUGCACAGACAUCUGGUAAAGACAAGUUAGCAAAGAUACUUCAAUAUGGAGCCAAGUUGUUUGGAUAUAUAGCAUUGCGACAAAAGAACAAACAUUGGAUGGAAGUGAUGAAGAAGCUAGAGACAUCGAGUGGUAGUGCACGUAAGGUGUGGAGAUUGGGUAACACGAUGCAAGAGCAACAAAAGAUCUUGCAGAUGUUGCGUCAAGGCAACUGUCACCAAUUCCUCAACAUGUUGGCAUUGAUUCGUCAGUUGGGCAUGUAUUUCUAUUGGGUGUUUGACAAUUUGAUCUGGUCGACCAACAUUGGAUUCACCAAACUCGACACCGCACGACUCGGAUGGUACAGCUCCAUCUCUUGGUUGUUUGGUCUCGUGUCUUCGAUCAUCAUCGAUAUGAAUGCACUCAGUGUUACUCUCAGAAAGGAGAAGCAACUCAUCAAGGACGGCGUAGACAUUAAUAGCGACCAAUAUGUUGCCGUCCUCAAGAAAAAGCACGAGCUCUAUCUCAAUUGCUUCAAGAAUGGUGCAGACUCUGUCAUUGCCGCCAAUCUCCUUAAAAUCUAUCAAACCAAUCAAGGUACAGUUGGUACUUGUGGUCUCAUCUCUGCUUUUAUUGGUGCUUAUCAAAUGAUUAGUGUUCAAAAAUAA